AUGGUUCCACUGCUGUGCGUUGACGACAUUCACAAUGAGGCCGUCAAGAAACUGAAAAAGUCGCAUACAGAAUUCUUUGACUCUGGCUCAGCGGAACAAAUCACCGUAAAUGAAAACCGAGCCGCCUUUGCCAAAUAUCGCAUUCGGCCCCGCGUCUUGAGGGAUGUCUCGGCGGCAGACACCAGCGUGCAGGUUCUAGGGCGCAAGAUUCCAGUUCCCUUGUGCGUCUCGCCGGCAGGCAUUCAAGCCAUGGCGCACCCAGACGGCGAGCUGGCCACGAGCCGAGCCUGUGCCAAAUUCGGCAUCAACAUGGGCGUCUCUUCCUUUGCAAACUAUUCAGUCGAGGACGUGGUGGCGGCCGGCCGGAAAGUCGGCCCCAUUGCGCAUGCGAUGCAGCUCUACACCAUGAAAGACCGGGCGCUGCAGGAGCGCAUCAUUCGUCGGGCAGAAGCCGCUGGAUGUACAGCCAUCUUUCUCACGGCCGAUAGCCCGGUGCUGGGCGUUCGCUUCAAUGAAUGGCGCAAUGAUUUUCGUACGCCUGCAGGUCUCUCUUUUCCAAUGCUCGAAAAGACUACAGAAAUGAUACAGUCCCAGACACAUGACGAUGGUUUUGUGACUUUCAACUCGGAUGCUCACUCAUGGGCCCAGGAGAUUCCGUGGUUGCGGAGCAAGACGAAGAUGGAAAUCUGGAUCAAGGGAAUCCUGACGGCAGAAGACGUCAUGUUGGCCCGUCAGUACGGCUGCGACGGCGUUCUUGUCAGUAAUCACGGCGGCAGACAAUUGAACUGGGCAGUAGCUACUCUAGAUGCACUGCCAGAGUGUGUCAAGGCUGCGGAUGGCAAGAUACCCGUCCAUGUUGAUGGUGGCUUUCGCACUGGUGCGGACAUUUUCAAGGCCAUUGCUCUGGGCGCUCAGUGCUGCUGGAUUGGUCGGCCAACGAUUUGGGGCCUAGCAUACGACGGGCAAAAAGGAGUGGAAAAGACACUCCAAAUCCUGUACGAUGACUUCAGGCGGUGCAUGUUGUUGGCAGGUUGCAAGAACAUUUCGGAAAUAACUACAGCGUCUCUCGGCAUUGCUCGCUCAGACGGGCCUUUAGCUCGACUGUGA